ACACGCACCAACAGCCGCAAUCUCUUACCAUAUCCAUACAUUACCCAAUUUAAUAUAGAUGCAGAUCCAUAUAGCAAUCCAAUAAUCAUUCGUUUCAUUUGUUGUCUUCCAAUUCUUUUAAAAUAAUGGAUGACCGAGAAGUCCCCCACUAUUUCAUUUGUCCAAUUUCUCUGCAAAUCAUGAAAGAUCCGGUGAUUGUCGCCAGCGGCAUCACCUACGACAGAGAGAGUAUUCAACGGUGGCAGUUCCAUGGAAAAAACAAGAGUUGUCCAGUCACCAAUCAACCGCUACCCAUCGCCUCAGAAUUCACUCCUAACCACAAUCUCCGUCGCCUCAUCGAAGCAUGGUGUGCAUCCGAUCGAGUUGUUCCAGCACCAUCGAAGCAAUCCUCUUUGCAGCUGAAGGUAAUCGCCAUAAACCUCAUCAAGAACCUCAAGCAACAGGAGCUGCAACUUGAAUCACUUAAAACUUUGGAAAGUCUUGCAUCCGAAAGUAAAAAUAAUAGAAUUUGCUUCAAAGAUGUUGGUGUUGUUAGAGCCAUGGUUACCAUCGUUGUUUCCUGUUAUCAGAAUCGCACAACCGUUGGUCUAAAAGAAGCUCUUAACGUUCUUUAUCUUGUUGGAUUUACAGAAGACGAAACACACUCAGUUCUUGAAGAAUACGAUCGAAUCCUAAAUUCCUUAACAUGGGUAUUGGGUUUUGAUGCUAGUACUUAUAAUGAUACAACAAUGAAACCCCACGCAUUAGUUUUAUUAAAAGACCUCAUAAACUACGCAAAGUCGCAUGUUCUUGAGAGAUUGAAGCUGGAUUUUUUCAAGACGAUUGUAGUUAUUCUUAGACAACGAGAAAAUAAGAAUCUUGAACAAAGAAUCAAGGAGGGUUUACAUGUGUUGCUUAGCACUUGUACCUGGCCAAGAAACUGCUCGAUGAUGAUUCAAGCAGGAGCUGUUUUUGAGCUUGUGGAGCUCGAGCUUGGGUCACCAGACAAGGAAACCACCGAGUUGAUUAUGGCAGUGUUGUUUCAUUUAUGUUCUUCAGCCGAUGGGAGAGCUCAACUUCUUGGUCAUGCAGCCGGAUUAGCUAUGAUCACAAAGAGAAUGGGGAAGGUUUCUCAUAAGGUUGAUGAAAGAGCCUUGAUGAUUAUUUCAUUGAUAUCCAAAUUUUCUGCGACAGAUGGGGUGCUUCAAGAGAUGGUUAGAGUUGGAACAGUUGAGAAACUAUGUAUGGUGCUACAAGUAAAUGGUCGACAUUCACAUCCAAGGGACAAAGCCAGGGAGAUCCUUAAAAGACACUCAAAUGUGUGGAAAGACUCUCCUUGUUUAGAUAUUACUCUCUUAACAAGGAAUCCCAGUCAUUCAUUGCUGAUGAAUACCAACAAAGAGCGGACGAGGAACGAGAGUUUUUUGACGUGGGGAAAAUAGAACGAGCCUCAACGAGGAAAAUUGGGAUUUGGAAAUUGGAAGUGUUAGAUAAAUUCAUAAAGGGACAUUAUUUCUUAUAUAUAUUUCGGGUAAUCGGGUGUACCCGAAACCCAAACAACUUACUCUUUAUCCGACCUGAAAAAAAUUCGGGUUACCCACUUACCCGAAAAAGUUAACCCGAUACCC